GCCAAAUGCUUUUCCGGUAUAACACCCCCGCUAUGUCACUCGCCCCGCAUCGCCUCGUUCACCGGCUUUCACUGACCGCCUCGGGAGAAAUGGGAGACUUAGCGCCAGCUAACGGGCUGACGAUGCCUCCAAGCUCAUCCCGAUGUCCUCUACUGCCAUCGCCCAGUCAAGUCUUCGUCGUCGUGGGGCAAUCCGUGCGCGGCCAAAUAAGCCUACUCGCAACGCUGACGAUGAACCGAGUCUAGGCGAUUUCCUCCAGCGCGUAGGCGAGUCUUGGAGUCAGCAGGAUGGAUCAGGUGGGCAGGGGGUCCCUCACGUACAGACAGUUGAGAAGCACCAUGUCCGCAGUGCGACUGAACCACCUUCCAUCGCGCCAGAGAUAGUUGUCUCUCCUGCCUUUAUCCGGGAUGAAGAACCAGAGCGACAUCGAGCCGAGCUCGCCCUCAGCGGGCACCAUCAGCACAGCUUCGGAUGUAGCGAGGAUGAUGGCAGCCAGAGCAAGGAUGACGAGAACGAUGGUGGCGACGCGAACACUCGCGCCCAGCAGGAAACACCUGCGGUCCGAAAGCGGCCUGCGUCUACCACAGAACCCUUCAUACCGUUUCUCAACAGGUCGCUCACGCCGUCCCAGAGGCCAAUAUCUCAAAUUUCUUGUACUACAACACGUAGUUCUCUCAACCUCGACGCCAAGGGCGAUAUAUUCCCAUCCUCUUCUAGAAGUCACGAUGCUCAGAAGGAGCACACAAUGUUCAGCCUUUGGGCAACCGCGAAGCGUCGCCUUCGAAUGCCCAUUUCAGCAGCAGACGACGCGAAAUGUGAACGCUCCGACAGGGUGGUCUCGGAAAAGACGGAAGGGCAUGGCAGCUUCGCUUUUCGAUCUCGCCCACAGCCGUACCGCUCCAAGCUUGCUCAAAUAUACGGGGCAAACGGGAAAGAGUCCCUAUAUGCAUCAACGGACUCGCAUACAUUAAGCCAGUAUUCUAUUAACGAAGAGGGCGGCGAGAAAGAAGGCCUGCGGGGUGGAGCUGUGACUUAUGGGUCAUGUAUGAGGCCUGGAGGUCAUAUUAUUCAUGGCAGCAGACGUGUGUACUCGGGCUCUUUUGAAUCCGAUUCGAUGCACGGGAAAAGUCAGUCCUGUUUUUGCCUUCCUUGACGCGUUACUUUCACUUGGACAUUUGUACAAGAUCGGUAGUAUACCUCAUGAGUUGUAUGCCCUUCUAUCAAUCGUCCUAUAUAGCACAUGUGUACUAACAAUCGAUGAAAGUCGAUUCC